UCACUGGCUCCUCACAUCACUAACGUAAUCUUUUCCCGGAAUGAAGAAUCCAAGUCGGUGGUCUAGUAAUGUCCAGGUUGCCUGACCGAUCUCUGCUGACCCGCUGCGAGAUAUUCAUCUACUUUGGCGUCUAUAUAGCCUAUAUAGUUGUGGGCCUGUACAAGAUCUAUGGACUGAGGGAUCACAUUGCCAAGGACGCAAAGUUUCAGUUUCCGGAGGGCUGGAGCUUUUAUCCCUUCUCCCAGCGGCGGCGAGAUGACAGCAACGAUGAGCUGGAAAACUUCGGGGACUUCAUCGCCAGCUUUUGGCCAUUCUAUCUGCUCCAUGCGGCUGUGCAGGGAGUAAUUCGCUGGAAAUGUCCCCGGCUUCAGUGCCUGGGAUUCGUCGGUGUUUGUGGCUUGGCCUUGGGCGUGAACCUGGACUGGACAUCGCUGGUGCUACUAGCCACAUUGAUAGCCAGCUACUACCUCAUUUCCCUGGCCACAUCCAAACGCCUGGUGUGGCUCUUGUCGGCCGGCUGGAUACUGUGCAUCAACUUAAUGCAGAAGAACGCCUGGUGGACGGAUCGCGUUGGCUACACCGAGUACGUCCUGGUGAUAGUAACCAUGUCCUGGAGUGUGCUGCGCGGUUGUAGCUUUUCGCUGUCCAAGAUGGGCGUUAAAAAGGAGGAACUAGACAGAUACAACCUCAUCCAGUAUUUGGGCUAUGCCAUGUACUUUCCGUCCUUAACCUACGGACCCAUCAUUAGCUUCCAGCGGUUCGCAGCCAGGAGGGAAGAUGAGAAGCAAGACUGGCUUGGAUUCGCCGGAGGAGUCCUCCGCAGUGCCAUUUGGUGGCUUGUCAUGCAGUGCGCCCUCCACUAUUUCUACAUACACUACAUGUCGCGGGAUGUGCGUAUGGUUGAUCUAAUGGACUCUGUGUUCUGGCAGCAUUCCGCCGGUUACUUUAUGGGCCAAUUCUUCUUCCUGUACUACGUGGUCACCUAUGGCAUAGGGAUAGCCUUCGCCCUGCAGGAUGGUAUCCCGGCGCCCAGCAGACCGCGCUGCAUCGGUCGCAUCCACUUCUACUCGGACAUGUGGAAGUACUUCGAUGAGGGCCUGUACGAGUUCCUCUUCCAGCACAUCUACGCCGAGAUGUGCGGCAAGCGAUCUUCGCCAGCGGCCAAGUUUGGAGCCACCGCCUUGACAUUUGCCUUUGUGUUCGUCUGGCAUGGAUGCUACACCUAUGUGCUCAUCUGGAGCAUUCUGAACUUCCUCUGCCUGGCUGCGGAGAAGCUGUUCAAGACGUUGACCUCCUCCUCGGAGUACCAGCAGUGGACACAGCGUCAUUUGGGAGCCGUGGGUGCUCAGCGGCUGUACGCCAUGUUGGCCACCCAGCUCUUCAUCCCGGCCGCUUUCUCCAAUGUCUACUUCAUUGGUGGGCAGGAGAUCGGCGACUUCCUAAUGCGCGGCGCCUACCUCAGUGGAGUGGGCAACUACAUGGCUCUGUGCUUCUGCAGCUAUUGCUUUUUUCAAUGCUCCGAGCUGCUCCUGAAUAAGUCAGAUGCUCGCUCCAAGACGAAAACUAUUUGACCUCGCUAAAAGUCUGCCUAAAUUUACGUGAAAUGUGACUAUUUUUGAACAAUCUUGUACUAGUAUUGCAACAUCUGGUUUUGCAACUUGUAUUAUAACAUGGCUUUAUAAUUGUUUUGUGAUUUUUACGAAACAAAUAUUUACUUAAUUUUUAAAUAAAUACAUUUCAUAUAACGUCUUA